CAGAAGUAUUGAACAGUAUUUAAAUUUUAAGCAAGUGUCGUCAAUCAUCGGGCCUUCUUAGAUUGGAGGAGGAAAGAAAUCCAAUUUCAAUCGGACACUACCGUGUAAAUAAAAUUGUAUGAAUAUAUAGACCCACGUCCCCGGCUCAAUGGUACGGUUCUAUUGCUUUCGUGCUCCCUCCGAAACUUCUGGUAGAGAUCAAAACUGAAACCCAAUUUGCCUUUUUCACUUCGUAGGAAAAAGGAAAGCGUUUUAAUUGUGUAUGCGACUGGUCUGAAAUAGAGAUAUGGGAAGGCUAUUUGUGAUCACUCUUGAAGGAAGCUUCUAUAGCUGCAAGUACUGCAAAACACACCUCGCCCUUUCUAAAAAUACUGUUUCCAAGACUUUCCACUGCAGGCAUGGCAAGGCUUAUUUAUUUGAUAAAGUUGUGAAUGUCACGGCUGGAGAGAAAGAAGAGCGUUUGAUGAUUACUGGAUUGCACACUGUUGUUGACAUUUUUUGUGUAGGAUGUGGCUCACUUGUGGGUUGGAAAUAUGAAGCUGCACCUGCAGAAAGCCAGAAGUACAAGGAGGGGAAAUUCAUCCUCGAGAGGUUUAAGGUGUUGGGUCCUAUUGGAAGCAACUACAUGGCAAGUCAGGAAGCUCAAGUUGGUGGAAGCGAUGCUGAUGAUGCCUGAUUAGUCAAUUUUUGAAAGUUAUUUACUGUUUUACUGAUUUUAGUUUUAAAUUCUCUGCACUCUAUAUUCUUGUCUGAGUCUGCUAUCUGGGUUCACAAUUGGUGUUUUUUAUUUUAGGAGAUGGUAUUUUUUUAUUUUUUAUUUCCUUUGAUAAGGCAGAUAGUAUUAGAAAGAACAAUGCCAUUUCUCUAAUUUAUAAUUUUGGUUAGUAUUGAACGUUUGUUCA